UCUCCCCUCCCCACCCUGCUACUCAGCGUGACCGCUCAGGUCCCGCAGCGGCUUCUUCCCGCUAGGAGCCCCGCCCCUUCCUCGAUUGCGCGCGCCGGGACUCGCGUGUGGCUGGUGUCAGCGCGCGACGCAGGCCGCUCCGCCCUGCGGACGGGUCUGUUGGUCUACAUGUUGCUGAAUGAACAGCUCCCAAGAGCAGUGAGUCUGCCCCUGAGAGCUAACAAUCCAUGAACUAUGCAAAUACAGUGCUACUGAGCAACAGAUGUAAAGCACCGUGCAUAUAGACUUCUGCUUCUGACACAGUCACAGAACCCUGAACGCCUACCUUGUGUCAUGGCUGUAUAGAAGACAUCCAGCUGAUAUUAUUAAUGGACUCCAAUGAACAUCAUUUUGGAGUCCACUGACUUUUAUAUCAGGGGUGCAUGCUCUCACGGACAACAUGAAAGGGUAGUGCUGAAAGUUUUACAUUAAAAACAACAUUUUUGUUAUUACUGCAGGCUGGUUAUCUAACAUGGAAAAUAGUUAGUUUAGUUUUUGGCUCAAUUUAACUUCCAGAAAACGGCCUUUUUUUUAUUCAGUGGCCCUAUAGAAGCCACUUGAUUUUAGAUUUUUAAUGACAGCGUUGUCUUAAGAUGACAAAUUAGAGUGAGUAAAAGCAAAUAGGUUUCCUACUGGAAAAAUUUUCUGUGUUGACCAUGUUUAGCCAUUCUGUUUUAUUCAGCUGUUUUUUUGAAACAUCCCCCAAAGAGUUAAUGCACCUUAUAUAGGACGCCUGACCUUUUGCAGCUUCAUAAUUCAUAUCUAGAUGUCACCGGUGUUUCCCAUGUUAACAGUUCUCAGCAUGUUUUACUAUAUCUGCCUUCGGCGCCGAGCCAGGACAGCUACAAGGGGAGAAAUGAUGAACAGCCGGAGAGCUAUUGAAUCAAACAGCCGAGCCUUACCUAUCAAUGUUGAAGUAGUCCAGUAUGCCAAAGAAGUGUUGGAUUUCAGUUCUCAUUACGGUAGUGAAAACAGCAUGUCCUACACCAUGUGGAAUUUGGCAGGUAUUCCAAAUGUGUACCCCAGUUCUGGUGACUUCACUCAGACUGCUGUGUUUCGAACUUAUGGAACUUGGUGGAAUCAGUGUCCUAGUGCCCAGUUGCCAUUCAAGAGGACUCCACCUAACUUCUAUAGCCAGGACUACGUAGAGCUUGCUUUUGAGGAGCCAGUUUAUCCCACAGCAGUGCAUGUUCUGGAAACAUAUCACCCUGGGGCUGUAAUUAGGAUUUUGGCUUGUUCUGCAAAUCCAUAUUCCCAAAAUACACCAGCUGAAGUAAGGUGGGAAAUCCUUUGGUCAGAAGCACCUACCAAGGUGAAUUCUCCUCAGGCUCGCCAGUUCACACCUUGUAUUAAACAGAUUGACUUUCCCACAAAUCUAAUUCGAUUGGAAGUAAAUAGUUCCCUUCAGGACUAUUACACUGAAUUAGAUGCAGUAGUACUACAUGGUGUGAAAGAGAGACCUGUACUUUCACUUAAGACUUUGAUGAUAGAUAUGAAUGAUUUGGAUGAAGAUGAUGAUGAAGAAAAGAGUGACUGUGAAAUGGAUAGUCUUAAUAAACAGUUCAGCGUUGCAGCCCUCAGGGAAUGGACAACUAAUGGGUAUUUUGAUAAACUGCCUUAUGAGCUCAUUCAGUUGAUAUUGAGUCACCUUACAGUACCAGACCUGUGUAGACUAGCACAGACUUGUAAGCUACUAUAUCAGCAUUGCUGUGAUCCUCUACAAUACAUUCACCUCAGUUUACAACCCUACUGGGCAAGGAUAAAUGACACAUCUCUGGAAUACCUACUGUCUCGCUGCACUCUCGUACAGUGGCUGAAUUUAUCUUGGACAGGAAACAGGGGAGCCAUAUCUGUUUCUGGAUUUAGCAGUUCACGACUCCCUGUGGAGCACAAUCCAUUAAAAAAGGUCUUGAGUGGACCAAAGCUUACUUUAGCCAUGUCAAGCUCCCCUGGCUUCAAAAGUUGUGGCUCUUUCAAGGAGGCUAUGCCACACUCUGGGCACUCCCUCUGCAUCAGAUGCCUCAUGGACACACACAUACCAUCCAAGUUCAUCCACUGCAACAAUUUGAAGGCGAGAGCCAGGCGCGACCGGGAUCUACGCCUCAAAAUGAUCCUAAUGGAGAAAUCACUCCAACCUGGAUCUGAGAAGGACACCCAGAAGCCUUCUCCUAAGUACUCUCCAACUCGGUCUGAACCGACCAUGAGCACAGCUCCACCCUCUCAAGAAAAGAGGAAGCGAGUCUCUACCUCUCCGCAGAGGGAACCUCACAGAAAGAAAUAGUCCCCUGCGAGGUCAUUGCUAGUGGUGCUGAUGGUCCCGAGAGUCAUACCUACAACUUUCCCAGCACCUCCAGCAUUGGACGCACCGCUCAUAGGAACAAGGAGUCGAGACCACAAACAUGCUAUGUCUCCUCCUUGGCACCGACAGUACUGACGACUAUGUUGGCGGUGGUGCCGGCCAUACAACCGCCACUGGUGUCGACGCGUGUCUCGGCACCACCACCUUCCUCAGCAGCAUCGCCUCCCCCAGCACACACAGACGGCACCGCAGUGGGGCCACCGGCCCUGACAAAGGGGAAAGAAGAUGCCUAGACACCCAGCGUCUACUACUAAGAUAUCGGUACCGCACUCACCAGCACUGCAACAAUUCCUGACUCAGAGGGACAUCACUGUUGCGUUGGUGCCAGAAUCACCUCUCCUCGGCACUGAGGGAUCACCUAUCACACAACCGACUUCGGCUAUGACACCAUCAAUGUUUAGUGACAGUGAUGAUGAGGACCAAGAGGAGGGAGUGUUUUCACCAUAGGGCUCGCCCACACCUCAACGAAAACCUACUGGAGGCACAGUGCGGCAUAAAAUCCACCAGACACAACCUUACUAUCCAUGGUAUGGACCCCCAUGGAUGGGUACUCAUAUGGCAUUCCCAAUGCAAUGGCCACCAUGGGACCCCUGGGCAGCAUACAAAGCCCAAUAGGCUCAAACCUCCUCUCCGCCUAUGGUAUAGCUCCGGUCCCCUUCUUUAUCCCCAGGGCUGACAACAUCAGUAGCCACGGAGGAGAUGGGCAAUGAACAAGAGGAAGAGACUGCCCCCGAAGCAGUGUCACCUGAACAUAACUCUUCCUCUUCUCCAGAUGAAGCUAUCAUGCCAACUCCACCUACCAUGGCUGACAACUUUAAAUAAUUUCAAGAGCUAUUCAAACACAUAGCGGUCAGCCAAGACAUCCCUCUAGAGGAAGUCCAAGAGUACGAACACAAACUAUUAAAAAUUCUACAAUCAUCUUCUGCGUCAAAAAUUGCCCUGACCAUAAACAAUACCAUCUCCGAGCCUGCAGAAACAGUAUGACAGACCCCAGCCACCGCCCCGCCAACAUGCAAAUGGGUGGACCUUAAAUAUUAUGUUCCAGCCAAGGGCAUAGACUUCCUGUUUGCCCAUCCACAACCAAAUUCUCUAGUGGUGGAAGCAGCAAACCACCAGGCCAAACAAUCCCAACAUCACUCUACGCCACAGGAUAAAGACCACCAGCGUCUAGACCUCUUAGGUCGCAAGGUCUACACCUCCUCAACGCUACAGUUCCACGUUGCCAACUACAGUGCUCUCUUGUCUAAAUAUGACUUUGACAAUUUUGGGAAACUCUUUGGGUUUACUGCAGACAUACCAGAAGACAGGAGAGCACAAUUUAAAUCAGUCCUGAUCAAGGGACAAUUGGUGGCUGAUGGCCUUACAGGGCUUCCUGGACAGCAUCAAUUCUGCAGCCCUUACCACAGUUACAGCGAUAGUGAUGCGCAGAGACUCAUGGCUGCUAUCCUCUGGCAUACCAAAAGAGCUCCAAAUAAAGGUUGAGGACCUACUUUUCAAUAAGGACAAACUGUUUUCAGUUAAAACCGAUGAAGUCCUAUGAAGGACUCUCUAGCGACCCUUUAUACACUUGGCAUAUAUACACCACCCCCAAAAAGGAAGCGAUACCAACGAAACAAAGAUACUCAAUAUACCGGCCCUCAAUCCAGGCCGUACGAGGCAGGCAGACACAGAAAUAGACCACUUCAGUGCCAGCAGACACAACCACAACAAGCAGUGUCCCAACCAUCAGGGAACAAACCACAGUUUUGAAGGCUUGGUUGAGGGUCUGAAUGACUUCCCCUUAACACCAGCACCUACCUGCCCAUUUGAUCACCCACUACAGCAUUUUUUCCAAGCUUGGGAGCAUAUUACACAUGAGACCAUUGUGUCUUAGAAGUAGUUCAUUCAGGCUAUUCCAUCCCUUUUACUUCUUGCCCCCCUGCCAUCCCUCUUCAGGGACAGUUCUCGCGAGCACCUUCUAAGACCGGAAGUAGAUCGUCUACUACAGCUAGGGGCCGUAAAAUCAGUACCAACGCAAUACAGAGGAGGAAGACUUUUUAUUCUCACUAUUUCUUGACCCAGAAGAAAAGUGGUGGAUGGCGACUGAUACAAGACCUAUGAAAACUCAAUAAAUUUGCACACUCCCAAAAAUUGAAGGUGGUUACCUUAGGUACAAUAACCCCAGCGCUGGAACAGGAGGACUGGUUUUCAGCCCUCGACCUGCAAGAUGCAUAUUUUCACAUCUCAAUACAUCCGGCUCAUAGACAAUUCCUCCGAUUACAGUGGGACAUGACCACUUCCAGUACAGUGUGCUCCCAUUUGGACUGUCCACUGCACCCAGGGUGUUCUCCAAAACUCUUGCAGUAGUUGAAGCUCACCUGCACAAACAAUGGAUCAUAUUUUUCCCAUACCUAGAUGAUUGCCUUGUCAAAGGACACUGGUACACAGACAGAAACGAUCACACGACUGAUCAUCAAUCUCUUCCAGAGACUGGGGUUCCAAAUUAACUUUCAGAAGUCCACAUUGAUACCCACAACUAGAAUUCAUCGGGGCACACCUGUACUCAACUCAAGUCAGAGCUUCACUACCUCAUGCCAGAUUCCUAGCCAUCAAACAUCUCAUAGAACCAUAUCCAUCUGUCCAUGAAUUGAGGCACAGACGUGCCUACAAUGACUAGGACACAUGGCCGCACCAUUUUCAUGGUAAAACACUCCAGAUUAUACAUGUGAUGUCUCCAGGGCUGGCUGCAUUCAGUAUACAAACCCACCAAACACAGUCUCAACAUGAUGGUAACACCACCGACCAAGGUUUUAGCAUCCCUACAAUGGUGGACAAGAUGAGAGAACAUCUGCGUAGGGGUUCCCUUUCACCACAGAUCUUCAGUCACAACAGAUGACUCCCUACUGGGCUGGGGGACACACCUGGACCACCACACGACAUGAGGCAGAUGGUCAACACCAGAAGCACGCCUUCACAUAAACUUGCUAGAACUCAGAGCAGUAAGAUAUGCCUGUCUUCACUUCCUAUCACUCAUAAGAAAUUAAUCAAUUUGUGUGAUGACAAUGUUGCAUGAAUGUUCUACAUCAACAGACAAAGGGGGUCCCAAUCCCACUCCCUAUGCUCCAAAGCCAUGAGACUAUGGAACUGGUGUAUCCAGCACCACAUUGACAUCUCAGCUUCUUACCUACCAGGAUGCCAAAACACCACAGCCGACACAUUAAGCAGAUGGCUCUCACAAGAGCAAAAUGGGAACUCAACCAUAGUGUCUUACAACAGAUAUUCUAUCAAUGGGGUUCCCAUCUAUCAACUUAGCAGCCUAACUGUUGUCAAGUUUUUAGUAGGCAUCACAGCAAAGGAGAGUUUUGAAGAUGGAUUUGAAAGUGGAUAAUGUGGUGGCUUUGCAGAUGUUUAUGGGGAGCACCUCCCAAUCAUGUGGGAUAGCAUAAGAGAAAGCAUGAAGGAUUUUGUUUGAAAAUUAACAAGUGGGUAGUAGAGGCUAGCAUGGAGAGGUGAGCACUGAGAGUUCAACAAUGAAUGAAGGAUGAUAAGUAAUAGUGCUUAUUAACUGUGAAGGCCUUGAAAGUGAAUACAAGUUGAUGCUUUAGAGAAGAGGGAGCCAUUGAGGACAUUCAGAGAAGGUGGUAAUGUGCUCUAAGUGACGGGCCAGGAAAAUGAUUUUUGUAGCAGCAUUGUAAAUGGAUAUGAGCGGGGUGAGAUUGCAAUGGUAUAGACCCAGUAUUUACAUGGAGACAGUAAAAUGGUUGUUAAUGCAGAAAAGGCAGAAGAAGAGUGUUCAAUAAAUAGUUCUCUUCAGUAUUUGGAAAGUAGGAUGAGGUACUCAUAUCAUAUGAGGACAAUAAAGUAUUUUUCAAUCCAGUAGUAAACAAGGAAAAUGUUAAACAUCAUUUCCUUAUAGAUAAACAUUUCUAAAUCAUCAGGCCAGUGCAACUUGCACCCACCAUCCUAAAAGAGUUGGCUUUGUAAGUGUGAGGGAGGGUUGGUUUUAUGAACUUGCCUUGGUGCCAGUAAGAUUUUGAAGCUGAAAUCUAACAAACUAUAUUUGCCAAUUUUAUAAGCAUUAACGCCAAUAUUAGAAUAUAGUCUAAUAAGAUAAACCCUCUUUAGUGAAUCUAAGGAGCGUUAGUUUACUAAUUUAACACUAGGUUCUUUUUAGGUAAACUUUCAUGUUGAACAGUAUUUCUCAGAUGAGGACACUUGGCUAUUCAUAACCAGUCAACAAUUUAUUAAUUUACCAAGAACCACAUCAGUAUACAAUCAGCAGUUCACCAGUCAAGUCUGGAUACAACCAAUGUUCUAGAUACGUACUGAGGACGCCAAGACAGUCCCAUAAAGCAAUUGUUAUAGACUAGGAUUGAGGCUGAUAAGUUAUAGGCUCAGCAGGAACAAUCCAGAUUACUUCUGGCACUCUUAAGAGUGUGGUCCCUGCUAUUUGAGUACAGGGAGUCCUCCGACUUACGACACAAUUCAUUUCUCAGAAUUGUGUUUUAAGUCGAAACGCCUUUUCCCAUAGGAAUCAAUUUUAUGAAGGAGGGAUUGGUUCCUGAUCCAAGGCUUGAUACACUAUAUUCACCACAAUAACCCAGAUAUUUGUACUAAAUGAAUUAUAGAUUACUAAUGUUGCAACAUCAAUAUAUUUACUGUACACUGUAUUUUAUAAACAGCAUUCAAAUAAACAUAUAAACUCACAUAUGCUGCUCAGAACACUGGCAACACAGGCUCAGAAAACCAGGGGAAUGGCACACAUGCUGCGCCUCAGCCAGUCACUGUUCAAGCUUUCUGAUUGGUUGAGCCCGGGGCCAGGAGCCAAUCAAAAACAAGUGGCAACCCUAUGCGGCAACAAGCUACCCUGCUGCCCUGAAGCCAGUCAGAAGCGACCCGUUGCAGCUCCAUACCAGUACUAUAUAACACAACCAGGAAGUGAUUUCAAGCAAACUUUAUUCAAAGUCAGCAUCAUAAGGGUGAAACAAGCGUUGUAGGGGCAAAAUGGGCAGUCAAUUGAAAAGUGUCGUAAGUCUGAAGACUUCUGGUAGUUUGAUAGUUUAAAUUUGUCCCUUUCCUAUCAAAGGAAUCACUUAAAAUUGGUUUCUCUCUCUCAAGCCAGUUUGCCUGGACUUAUAAAGGAGAGCAUGCAUACAGACUUAGUUAGUUCUAAAGUAUGGUUACUUGAGGUCUCACUAAAGAAUGUAAAUUCAACAAGACAACCUUUAGUUAUUUAUAUUAAAGAUAGAAGAAGAAAUACAGUCAUUAAAAUGAAAUCUCACCACUUCUCCUUAUCCUGGUAACCCUGCAAUAGGGGAAUAGUCCUCUCCAUAGGGCUUGCCUGGGCAUCAGUUGUACUUCUGGAUUUUGCCGUUUCUUUGUAGGUUCAGCCAACUCUGGGGUCCCACAUGGAUGGUGAUCUUCGUUUUGUAUACCUUGAUUCCAAAGGGCAACCCUCCAAUUUCUGUUGGACAGUUGUCAGCUGAGUGAUCAGAUUUCUGCUCUGUUUCUCUGCUGCUUCAGUCAAUAUCCAGUAGAUGGCAUUGGUGUGGAACAAAUUUGUUCAAUCAUAUUCUUAUCGGAGGGUGUUUGUUUGAUUCAUUUCAAAGAUUGUAUUUCAGCACUAGCCCACAUUAAUUGCAAUUUCCCCCUUUUUAAGCCGUUUAUUUUAAUUCAGAGUUUUGCCCUAGUCAGGUGUCCACUUCUCUUAAUGUUCUCUUUCCUUCUUGCACCAUACAACUCAUGCCAUUUCUACGGGGAAACACUCAUUCAGAAAGAAAACAAAGUCCCCUACUAAACCUACUGGACAUGGUCCAUACGUUCUUUGAUUGUACUAAACAUUUCACAUCAUUUAGGUCUCACAACAGAAGAUACUAUCGACAUAGAGAGAGAGAGAGAUCUAACUGACAAGGCAAACAAAUUCAUAGUUUGGGGUGAAGGCAAGGUGGUUUGGAUUUCUUGGGGUAACAAGCUGUUAGACCAAUGUGACCUUCAGUUUUCUGGGUUUUACAGCUCAGUUUCUCCCACCCAUCUCUUUAUCCACUUGCAUUGUACAUUGGGCCACUUUGUCUAGGAAAGCAGGGUAUUACUUCGUUUGGUAUCCUUUUGAGACUUUUUUUCAGCUACAUUGCGUGGGAGAAAGAGACUUUAUCCAUAUGUAAAUUAUGAGAGAGUCAUGCCUAUGGUAUUCUCUUUCAGCUCGCUUUUUGGUCUCUCUUACUGGGGAUACUCAGAUAAUGGGGAGUGAAACUCAUAACCUUAGCUGAUCUGUAGGUCCUUAGACAAAGUGUCUCACAUGGUGUGAAUCAUUUUCUCACUGUCUUUACUUCUUAGGUGGAGUUCAGUAGUAGGUGGGUCCUAUUUGGGGAUAAACAGAGGUGCAUAAUUUUUCUUAUUUUUGAGGGACAUAAGGAAGUAAUAUUUAUCAAUCAUUCAAGGCAUAUGUUAUAGAUACUCCUUACAGUUGAUAAGAUCUCUGGCCUGCUGAUCUUAAUUUUUAAUAGAUCUUGGAGUACCUUGGCUAUUCCAGGAGAUUGGAAGAGUGCUAAUGUUGUGCCAGUGCUCAGAAAUGACUAGCAGGAUGACCCGGGUAACUGUAGGCUGGUUAGCCUCAAGUCAGUCCUGGAAAAAAUACAGUUACGAACACCAGAGUUCUGAACUGACCAGUCAACCUCACACCUCAUUCGGAACUGGAAGUAUGCAAUCAGGCAGCAGUAGAGACCAAAGAAAGAAAAUACAGUACAGUACUGUGUUAAACAUAAACUACUGAAAAAAUAAAGGGAAAGUUUAAAAAAAAAAUUGACAAGGUAAUGAAACUGUUUCUGUGCUCAUUUCCUUUAAACUAAGAUGGUUAAAAGCUGCAUUUUUCUCCUGCAUAGUAAAGUUUCAAAGCUGUAGUAAGUCUAUGUUCAAUUGUAAACUUUUGAAAGAACAACCAUAACAUUUUGUUCAGUGUUAGGAAUAUUUCACAGUUAUGAACAAUCUCCAUUCCCAAGGUGUUCAUAAUGCUGAGGUUCUACUGUAGUGGAAAAGCUGAUACAAUAUUCAAUUGAUAAAGAAUUACAGGAUAGGAAUAUAAUUAAUCACAGUCAACAUGAUUUUAUGGAAAAUAAGUCUUGUCAAACCUGGUUUCAUUCUUUGAUGACCCUACAAGUUUGAUUAAUAAAGAUAACUCCUUAGAUGUGAUAUAUUUAAAUGUUUGUAUGGCAUUUGACUUAGUACUGCAUGGCAUUCUGAUUAAACAAUUAGCACUAUACAAUAUCAAUAAAGCACUCAUUAAAUGGAUUAAGAUCUGGCUAAUGGCAGAUCUCAAAGAGUAGUCAUCUCAGUGGGGAGUCAUCAUUAAAUGAGAGUUUUUCCAGUGGAGUUCUGCAGAGAUUGGUACUAAACCUGAUGCUAUUCAACAUUAUCAUAAAUGAUGGGAAAAUAAAUAUAAAAUCACUGCUGAUAAAAUCUGUGGAUGAAAAAGAUUGGUGGAGUGGUAAAUAAUGAGGACAAGGCAGUCAUACAGAGCAAUCUGGAUCACUUGGUAAGCUGGACUUAUUCAAACAAAAUGUAUUUUAAUGCAACAAAAUGCAACGUUAUACAUGUAGGUACAAGGAAUGCAGGCAAUCCCUAUGGAAUGGGGACUGUGUCCUGAAAGCAUUGAUUCUGAAAAGGGUUUAGUGGUCAUAAUGGACAAGCAUCUCAACAUGUGCUCCCAGUGCAGUUCUUUGGCAAAAAUGGCUGAUGUGAUCCAUGGAUGUAUAAAUAGAAAUAGUGAGUAGGGGUAAGAAGUUGUUUUACCUCUGUAUGUAGCACUGGUGAGACUGAUACUGGAAUACUGCAUACAAUUUUGGUGUCCACAUUUUAAAAAGGAUGUUGAAAAAUUAGAGAGAGGGUUCAGAAAAGAAUCACAAAAAUGAUUUAAGAGUUGGAGAAAAUGUCUUUCAAUGAAAGACAAAGAGCUCAAUCUGUUUAGUUUAUCAGAAAGAAGACUGAGAGGUGACAAUUACAGUGUAUAAGUAUCUUCAUAGGCAGAAAAUAGUGGGUACUAAAGAGCUCUUUAGUAGAAGAAGGCAUAACAAGAACCAGUGGCUGGAAGCUAAAGCUAGACAAAUUCAAAUAGAAAAUUUAGCAUUUUUUAACCAUGAGGGUUAAACUGGAACAAACUACCAAAGGAAGCAGUGGAUUCUCCAUCUUUUGAUGUCUUCAGAUCAAGAAUGGAUUCCUUUCUAGAAUAUAUGCUUCAGUCAUACCGGUUAUUGGGCUCAAUACUGAGAUAACUGGGUGUAAUUAAAUAGUCUGUGAUAUAACACGGAAGUCGAAUGAGAUGAUCUAAUGGCCAUUUUUGGCCUUAAACUUUAUGAAUCUAUGACAUAGUCCUAGAAAAGCCUACUAGCUAUUCUUAUUUUUCAGUCAUCAGUGUUGAAUAUGCUAGGUGGUUGUUUCUCAUCACAACUGUAGUGAAUGUGAAAGUGACCUGAGUAGGGUUCCAUCCUAAGCAUCACAUUUGUACAGCUCCUUUGUUGACAAGCAACUCCCACAAUGGUGGGGCUUCUUCUUCCUUUUAGGGGCGAUGGUACUUCCAGUCCAAAAGGAAGAUGCCUCAUUUUCCCUCUUAAUCCAUGUAUGUCUUGCACUAACUGGUUAGGGGGAAAGGAAAUAGACCCUAGGGCUUCUCCUUUCAUCUUGCACGCUAACGGAAAAAAUGAGGAAGAAGGGGACAUGGGAUAGGGAGAAGGAGAAAGUGAUGGACAAUGAAAGGGAGAGUGAGGGAAAAGGAGAGGAGGGUGAUAAUGUAAGGUAUGGAAUAAAUGAGGGAAAAUGACUAUUGCAGAGAGAGAAAGGGAAGGAAAGGAAGGAUGGGAUGAAUGAGUGAAUGGCUAGAUUAGACUCCUUGCAGAAAGAGAAGGCUUAGAGACUUGAUCGUUUAGACACUAUGCCCUGGUCUACACUAGGACUUUAGGUCGAAUUUAGCAGCGUUAAAUCGAUUUAAACCUGCACCCGUCCACACAAUGAAGCCCUUUAUUUCGACUUAAAGGGCUCUUAAAAUCGAUUUCCUUACUCCACCCCUGACAAGUGGAUUAGCGCUUAAAUCGACGUUGCCGGCUCGAAUUUGGGGUACUGUGGACACAAUUCGAUGGUAUUGGCCUCCGGGAGCUAUCCCAGAGUGCUCCAUUCUGACCGCUCUGGACAGCGCUCUCAACUCAGAUGCACUGGCCAGGUAGACAGGAAAAGAACCGCGAACUUUUGAAUCUCAUUUCCUGUUUGGCCAGCGUGGCAAGCUGCAGGUGACCAUGCAGAGCUCAUCAGCAGAGGUGACCAUGAUGGAGUCCCAGAAUCGCAAAAGAGCUCCAGCAUGGACUGAACGGGAGGUACGGGAUCUGAUCGCUGUUUGGGGAGAGGAAUCCGUGCUAUCAGAACUCCGUUCCAGUUUUCGAAAUGCCAAAACCUUUCUGAAAAUCUCCCAGGGCAUGAAGGACAGAGGCCAUAACAGGGACCCGAAGCAGUGCCGCGUGAAACUGAAGGAGCUGAGGCAAGCCUACCAGAAAACCAGAGAGGCGAACAGCCGCUCUGGGUCAGAGCCCCAAACAUGCCGCUUCUAUGAUGAGCUGCAUGCCAUUUUAGGGGGUUCAGCCACCACUACCCCAGCCGUGUUGUUUGACUCCUUCAAUGGAGAUGGAGGCAAUACAGAAGUAGGUUUUGGGGACGAAGAAGAUGAUGAUGAGGAGGUUGUAGAUAGCUCACAGCAAG